CACUACUAGUAUCGACAAGGGCUGACUAUAGAAGGUUUAACAAUAAUGGCUCUCCAUCCUAAAUUUCUGGGGCAGAAGUUGUUGGCCAAUGCACAGCAACCAUGGCAUACCCUCGAACUCUACCUUGAUUAUGUCUGCCCCUACUCUGCAAAGCUAUUCAACACAUUCUACACAUCGGUGAGUCCAAUUAUCUUACAAAAAUAUCAAUCAAGACUUCAGGUUGUCUUUCGUCAGCACAUUCAACCUUGGCAUCCAUCAUCCACUCUGACGCAUGAAGCUGGUGCGGCGGUGCUGAAAAUAGCUCCAGACAAGUUCUGGGAGUUUAGCGCUGCACUUUUCAAUCACCAAGAAGAAUUCUUUGAUGUCAGUGUUGUUAAAGAGACACGUAACAAGACAUAUCAGAGACUUGCAAAAAUAGCCGCGACAGUUGGUGUUGACGAACACGAGAUGCUCGAAUUAUUGAACAUCAGCGAAGUUAUGCCUGAUGGACAGUUGAAUACCGGCAACAAGGUGACGAAUGAUAUCAAAUUGAUGGUCAAGUCAGGUCGAACAAUUGGCGUCCAUGUAUCUCCGACCGUAUAUUUCAAUGGCGUCGAAGAACCAGGUAUCAGCAGCAGCUUCACGGCCACACAAUGGGAGCAAUGGCUGGCCAUGAAUGUAGCGUAGGGAAUUGUGCUCUAAAAGAGAGUGGUAUGAUAAUAGGAGGUAUUCAAAUGCAGAUGAUAAUUGUGGGCAUUCUCUGGUAGCAAGGAGCAUAUCUCAAUCUGAAACCCGAAAUUUCCAGGAUGAAACAUCUGGAUGCAGUCUAUUCAAAUGGGCCUUCUCGCAUGCAUUGCUCACUAUCAGUGACUGUUGUUUUUGGAUCUCGUUGUAUUAGUGUUUCAGAGGCGACGGGGGCAAGGUUGGCAUCAACAGUAUUCCAGCUGACGAGUUACUGUGAUACUGGCGGCUGAUAGUUCAAGGGGCGCCUGUAUGCAUUGGUUAGGCUUGAAAGCGAUGACAGGGUCCCCAUACUCACUUGAAGAGAAGAAUAUGUGGUU